UCCAGCCCACUUUUCCACGUCACUUCAAGGAAUCUUUAAAGCGUCCGUCGCCAGUAUAAAAUGUUUCAGUACUACUGAACCGCCAGCAACAUGAACGGCAUGAAGACGCAGUCUCCGAUAGUGAUAAUGGCCAACAAUGACAACGAGCCUCUUCCCCUCGGUUGGGAAGUAAAAAUUGACCCUCAGACGGGAUGGCCCUUCUUUGUGGACCACAAUAACCGCACGACAACCUGGAAUGACCCGCGACACGACACGAAAAAGGUGAGAGAAGUGUCAGCAAAUGGACCUAACAUACCACCAGAACCGAGCCCUCAGGAGAAAAGCUUCGUGAGGGAGAUGAAGCACCCCAUUCUGCGCCCAGGUUAUGUUCCUAUCCCUGUCUUCCAUGAUGGUGCAGACCUAAGGCAGCAACAGCAUCCAUGUUAUUCCUACAUCCAGCCAACCACUGCACAGAAUAUCCGGCAGACACCUUCCCCGACACCGGGGCUCCACUGCAGGCCCAGAUCCCCUUUGCACGGUCAUUCAGAAAGCUGCUCCACUGAGCCUGGAAAGGCCAGCUCACCUGUUUCGCCAACAACAGAGGUUUACACUGCCCCGCAUCACCAAGCCCCACGGCCCAGCAGCACUGGUCUUCAAGCAGGUUACAUCCCCAUCCCGGUGAUUCAUGAGGGUGGAGGAGGACAAACACAAACACAUGCUCAGUUAAAUCCAUCGGUCUACUCUCAGCGCGUCCCCUACUCCGAGCAACAGCAGCCCUUUCAUCGCCUUCAAACCGACGAAUGGCCUGGCUACUCUGCUGCAAUGCCCCCUCCCCGGGAAAGAGCUUCUCCAACAUUGUUGCCUCAACAUCGCGAUGCUACUUCUAUUCACCUCCAACCUCAUAUUAGAAGCCAUUCACCUAUUAUAACCCAGGUGCUGGGAGAAAGGCCACAGGCUCAGCAGCAUGUCCUCACAAGAGACCCAUCCCAGAAAAUGGAGCAGGAACAACAAAGCCCUCAGCAGAAAUCCGAGAACACGCAGGCUCCCCAGCCAUUGCACACAGAAGCAGACGUCCAAAAGCCUCAACAACCUCAACAGUUCCAGCAACCUCCACCUCAGCAACCUCAACAGUUCCAGCAGCCUCCACAUCAGCAACCUCAACAGUUUCAGCAGACACCACCUCAGACAUAUCCACAGCCUCAGCAUCCCGAACAGUUAAAGCAGUCGCAGCAACCGUUCCAGCAGCCCCAGAAACCAGAACAACCACAACAACAUACUGCAGAUAUCACAGUUCAAAUACCUCCAAAACCUGAGGCCCAGGACAUGACAGCUGUUCCUCCAGAGGUCCCGCCUGUAAAGGUUGAGGCUGAACAGGCUGCUCAGUGUCCAGUCCACCCCGGCUUGGCUAAGGUACAGCAGAUAGUCGGACGGGUUGCUAAACUGGAGCAGGAGGUGAAGUGUUUUGAUGGAAAGAAGAAUGAUAAGAAAUACUUGUUACUGGAGGAGCUGUUGACCAAAGAGCUUUUAGCACUGGACUCGGUUGACCCAGAGGGUCGUGUUGAUGUACGACAGGCAAGACGGGAUGGAGUCCGUCGUGUUCAGAACAUACUGGAAGAACUGGAGCAAAUGCAGGAGCAGCCAGCCAGGCCUGCCAGCGAGACCAGGAUGGAGGGAGACAACCUGACACAGAAAGGAGAGCCCAGAAUGAUCACCAAGGAGAAUGUUGAGCUGGCAAAGGAAAUAUCAUAAUUCUUCAUAAUCAACAGGGUAGCAGGGUUAACCUGCUGUAAAUUUGAUGGUGAACAAGUCCGUUCCAGCUAACUCUCCUUCUCCUCUAACUACAGCAUUUGUGGAAGUUGCAUGCAUUGAUUAACAGUGUUGGUAUUUCCUGCCAUUCAGCACAUAAUUGAUGGUAGCUCUGUGCAAACAUGUUUUUCAAGCCAAUGGUGUUUCCUUCUGUGUUGUGCCAAUGUCUUCAUAAUAAGACAGCUGUCAUGAUCAAGGUGAUCAAACAAUUUCUAGUUAAAUUCAAGUUUGAAUAAGAGGCCUUUAUCAAUAAAUGGAAGAAAAGUAGAAGUAUUUUCUUAAGAAAUGUUACGCGUGGUUGCCUUUUUUGUCUUGAUCAAAUAUUGUAUGAAGCUUUUCUUAAUCCAGUCAGCAAAUCAGUUUGUACACAAGUGCAAACAAUGGGGCUUUAAAGUAGAACUCAGUCAACAGAAAAGCAUUUUCCCCUUUAUAGCUACAUGGCCAUGUUGGAGCUGCUUUGUCACAUGAACACAGUGCAUAUGUUUAUUAGAUGCUGCUUUUUGGUGCAUUACUCAUUUUGCCGUCUUUGCACUUUGCCAUCAUUACAAUGUAUCGUGCUGAAAGAUAAGCAGCAAUUCAUCUGAAGUAUAUAAGUUACACAAGUUUUGAUUGAUGUGUUUGAGUGUUUGUAUGUGCAUUGGUUUACUUGUUAUUUUGAAGAAAAGAAUAUAUAUCAGUAUUUAUAUCAUUAUAUAGUAUUUUGGUACAUUUAUGAAUGUGUAAUGACAAAUGGAGGUGAGAUGUUUAUCUUACUUGAGACGUCAGACAAUCAGCACUUGGUGCUAAUGAGGAAUCACCGUUUAAGAUUGUCAGAAUGUAUAACUACCACAACCACAAUUUGUAAUAACGCUAACACAAAACUGGCAUGUACGCCUUAAAUAUGCUGUAAGAAAGUGCCCAAUUCUUAAAGAAAUGUAUGUUAGACAACUACCUAACAUACAUUCACAAAUGCUGGAUUGUGGUGUAGUUUUACUCACUGUUUAUGAGUAGCAGACAGAGACAUUGUUGAAAGCAAAUCACGUUGGUAUGUUUGAAAAUAAAUUUUAUUUGACAUGGA